AUGGACGACGACCACCACGCGCGGGAUUUCCACCACCCGUACGAGCCAUAUGAGAUUCAAAAGGAGUUUAUGAAUGCUGUCUACGACUGCCUUGAAGAUGGCAAAGUCGGCAUUUUCGAAUCGCCAACCGGAACCGGCAAAUCCUUGAGCCUGAUUUGCGGAUCAUUGACCUGGUUACGCCAUCACAAGAGACGCACGUUUGAAGAAGGCUUUGCAAUUGACGCAGCGAGUAGCGAUGAGCCAGCCUGGAUCAUUGAACACGCGCAGAAGCAAAGAAAGCAAGAAGCACUUCGUCGUAGACAGGAGCUCAAUGAUCGGAUUGCUAAGAUCAAGGCGAAGGAGAAGCGUACCAAAGCGCGUUACGAGAACGGAGAGCCAAGCUCUAAAAGACGAAAAGUCGCACCAGGCGAGGCUGACGGGGACGAUGGCGAGGCGCAAUUUGCCUUAGAUGACUACGAAAGCGACACAGAGUCGAAUAAGCGAGCGUUAACCGGCACAUUUAACGAUUCUGGGCUUUCGACGGAGACCCAAGCGCUUAUGGAAAAGCUUGGAUUCGCUGUCGGAGAGUCGAGGGACGAAGGAGAAGUGCCGGACGAGACAAAGAUCUUCUUUUGCUCCCGCACACACUCGCAGUUGACGCAGUUCGCCAACGAACUAGGACGAGUGAAAAUUCCCCCGGCAAUCACCCCGGAGUCUCACGUUGAUGACUCUUAUGAGGAUGACCUUGUAGAAGAUGUGAAACACCUUACUCUUGGCUCAAGAAAGAACCUCUGCAUCAAUAGCAAGGUCAACCGGCUCGGAAGCGCUACUGCGAUCAACGAGCGGUGUCUAGAGCUGCAGCAAAGUACUAGUGCUGAGGGCCGCUGUCCGCAUAUGGCAACAAAGGAAAAUGAGCUUUUGAUAGCCGAGUUCAGAGACCAUGCGCUUGCCAAGAUCAGGGACAUCGAGGAUCUAGGCUCGCUAGGUAAGAAGCUGGGUGUAUGUCCCUACUACGCUUCUCGACCAGCGACAAAGUAUUGCGAGAUUGUGACCUUACCAUAUCCGCUCCUUCUCCAACGAACAGCUCGUGAAGCGCUUGGACUUUCACUCAAAGACCAUGUGAUCAUCAUUGACGAAGCUCACAAUCUUAUGGAUGCUAUAGCUGGCAUCUACUCCGUCUCUGUGACCCUUGAGCAGGUGCAGCAGUCGCGUGCGCAGCUCGCUGUCUACCUUCAAAAGUUUCGCAACAAGCUGAAGGGCAAGAAUCGCGUUUACGUUGCUCAAACUGUGCGGAUACUCGAUUCGAUUAUCGGCUAUCUACAAUCCAUCGAUGGCACUGCAAAAGUAGCUGACGGUCUGGUUGACAUGGCAUCAAUCAUGUCUGGCAAAGGCGUUGACCAAAUCAAUAUCUUCAAGCUAAACACGUACCUGCAGGAGAGCAGGCUCGCACGAAAGGUUGAUGGGUACACCGCAUACUCUUCGCAAGUAUCAGCUGAAAAUGGCAGUAAUAACCCAAAAAGCGCGACUAAGCAAGGUCCGAGACACACUGUUCCUGUGUUGAUGCACGUCCAGGCGUUUCUGCUCUCACUAAUGAAUCCAUCCGCGGAAGGCCGCUUCUUCUAUUCGAAAGAAGAUGGCUCUAGCAUCACGUUAAGAUAUAUGCUUUUAGACCCGACGUUUCAUUUCAGAGACAUCGUAGAGGAUGCGAGAGCAGUCGUGCUGGCGGGCGGUACGAUGUCCCCGAUGAGCGACUAUGAGCAACAUCUACUUUCAUACCUAAGUCCUUCAAAAAUCACCACGCUAUCUUGCGGUCAUGUCAUUCCGACUUCCAACCUUCUCGCCGUACCCGUUGUUAAGACAUCGAGCGCCGUAGACUUCGACUUCACGUUCGAGAGCCGCAACAAAGAGAAGACGAUAACGGAUCUCGGCCUUGGUAUGCUCACGUUCGCCCAGCAUAUUCCGGACGGCCUCGUAGUGUUCUUUCCCAGCUACGCUUACCUUGAUACCUGUAUCGCAGCCUGGAAACGUCUCUCUCCACCUUCUUCAAAUUUGACUUUCUGGGAUAGCUUUACCCAAACGAAGCCCGUCUUUCUCGAACAGCGCAGCCAACAGUUGCCGUCUGGCCAAGCCUCAUCAUCAAAAGAAGCAGCCGUAGACUCUGUCCUUAUGGCUUACAGCGCCGCCGUCGCAAGCGGAAAUGGCCGUGGCGCCCUCCUAUUUGCUGUAAUCGGCGGCACGCUUUCUGAAGGCAUAAACUUCAGCGACGCGCUCGGUCGCGGCGUGGUUGUCGUUGGCCUGCCGUUUCCCAACCCCCAUUCUGCGGAGUGGAAGGCGAAGAUGCAGUACAUUUCGUCCAAGGAAGCACAGAAUGGAGGAGACGGCAAAGCAGCAGCGAGAGAGUACUACGAGAAUGCGUGUAUGCGCGCUGUGAACCAGUGUGUUGGGCGAGCCAUUAGGCAUAAAGGAGACUAUGCGGCGAUUUUGAUGUUGGAUCGCCGGUAUGGGAGUAAGCGCAUUCAAGAUAAACUGCCAAAAUGGAUCAGAGGAAGUCUGGUCGAUGGAGCGGGUGUCCAGGAGGUUGGAGGGAGGUUGACAAGUGAAGAAAGAGGUGUAUACACAACCGUUGCGCAGACCGAGGGAUCUUCCGCCGGCCUGACAGCGCAUGGCAAAGAGGUGUUAUUAGUGAAUAACGACGACGAGCAAGAAGAAGCGAAAGACCUAGACGUUCCAGUCUACAUCGGCUCUGUUCCCACGCCAGAAGAUCUCCUCUUCCUACCGCGCGUAGCGGACACAGUCCCUUACGGCGCGUUCCUCGUCGCCAUCGUCGAACUCUGCGAGCGCUUCGCUUACUAUGGCCUUUCGGGGCCGUUUCAGAAUUACAUCGCCAACGCCCACGACGAUGCGAAUGGGCUUCCUGGCGCGCUUGGACUGAAGCAGGCGCGUGCGACUGCGAUGACGAAUUUCUUCCAGUUCUGGUGCUAUGUCACGCCUAUCCUGGGCGCAGUGGUGGCGGACCAGUAUCUGGGGAAGUACGCGACGAUUAAGUGGUUUAGUGUUGUGUACAUGGUUGGCAUAGCGAUUCUGUUUGUCACGAGCUUGCCUUGGAGUAUUGAACGGGGAGCAGCGUUUCCUGGGCUCAUUGUCGCAAUGGUGGUUAUUGGGUUGGGUACUGGUGGAAUUAAGAGCAAUGUUUCGCCGUUGGUUGCUGAGCAGGUGCGGUCUACGAAGCCCUUUGUCAAGACACUGCGCAGCGGGAAGCAGGUCAUUGUUGAUCCGGAAGUUACAGUACAGAGAGUCUACAUGGUGUUCUACAUGUGCAUCAAUCUGGGCUCGAUAUCAGCCAUUGCGACGACAAUGCUGGAGCUGCAUGUUGGAUUUUGGAGCGCAUAUCUACUGCCGCUGCUCAUGUUCUGCGUUGGCUAUGUAGUGUUGGUGACUGGGAAGAAGAGAUAUGUGAUCAAGCCGCCACAGGGCGGCGUCAUUGGAAAUUGCUUUCGUGCACUCUGGAUUGCAGCGAGGAGUGGAGGAGAUUUGGAUAAAGCUAAGCCUUCCUCACAAGAACAUGGAAUUGGGAAGUCUAAAGUAACCUGGGACGAUGCAUUCAUUGAAGAACUGAAGACUGCACUAGUGGCGUGCAAGGUCUUCCUCUUUUUCCCAAUGUAUUGGGUUACGUUCUCGCAGAUGAUGAAUAAUUUCGUCUCGCAAGCCGGCCAAAUGCAACUCCACUCUCUCCCAAACGACAUUCUCCCUAACCUUGACCCUAUCACCAUCAUCCUUCUUAUCCCAAUCAUGGACCGGCUGAUAUACCCUUUCAUCCGGACGCGCCUCCACUUCGCCUUCACGCCUAUUACUCGCAUCACACUUGGCUUUCUCUUCGCUGCGCUCGCCAUGCUUUACGCUGGCAUCUUGCAAACAGUCAUAUACGCCGCACCACCGUGCUAUUCGCAUCCGUUGAAAUGCGCCGCUGGCAUGAUCGAGGGUGGCGGCGGUAGAUACAAGCCGAACGAAUUACAUGUGGCGUGGCAAGCGCCAGCAUACAUAUUAGUCGCAUUGAGCGAAAUCCUAGCCAGCAUUACUGGCCUAGAAUUGGCGUAUGCCAAGGCGCCCGCCAACAUGAAGAGCUUCAUUAUGAGUCUUUUCCUACUUACAUCGGCGGGUGGUAGUGCUCUCGGUAUACUGUUAGCGCCGCUUGCGAAGGAUCCGCAUCAACAGUGGCUAUAUUUCGGAUUGGCGAUUGCUACUACCGGGACGGGAUGCAUUUUCUGGCGCAUGUUCAAGGACGUUGAUUAUGGGCCCGGGAAGGCUGUGCAGAGUGCGGAAGAGGAGUACGAGUUGGUGGAGAGAAGUAGUGCGGAUGAUGAUGGGUACUACAGCGGCAAUGAAAAUGAUGACAGAGCGUCACGAGUUGUUUGA